AUAAUUUACGAGUUUCUGAUUACAAUUGGUGAUGAGAUUGAGAUUGUGUGGAGGAAACCGAUUACCGCAUCUUCUGUGCUCCUCGGCUCGGUACGAUGGUGUUUGCUCCUCACGGCUAUCCUGAACCUUGCACCGUCAACUCCGAAUAACUUGGAAAAUAGCUGCACACCACUUCAAAUCUUGACCUGGGUACUCAAUCUCAUUGGGUUCGUCCAAAUCGCAUUGUUUUCCGCUCUGCGCGUGUUUGCAAUCUGGGAUAGGAGCUACGUCUGGUCAUUGGUGGUGUUCGUACUGAGCAUUGUGCCUUUCGCGACGAAU